ACUGGCAAAGGCAGUUCGCCCUCUCUCGCUUGCAAGAAUAUUCGGAACCCUCUCUCACCCAGAUCGCCUUCCUGAAUUAGGUUAGCUUUCUAUCUAUGCAUCUUGUCGUUCUCGAUCUAUUAUUCUUUUAGUUUUUUUGGGUUGGCAUUGGUUGUUUGCUGCCCGCGCCGCUUGAAUCUGGGAACUGCAUGCUUGGGUUGGUGAAUCUGAGUAUGUGCGAUGAAUAGAGGCAAUAGUGUGACCUGUUGGCUGAUUCAUAACCUUUUUGGUCAGAUAGAAUGAAUCCAAAUCGAUAUGUGGUGUUUUGAGUCACUGUCGAAACUUGAAAGUUCUGUUUUUUUUUAAUCUCGCUAGUCUUUGAGUUCGGUUGAUUUUUUUAUCGUAUUCCUUUAUUCGUAUACACUAAGAUCAUCUACCUAAGGCCCUUGAUAUUGGGUUGUGCCCAAUUCGGGCUUCUAUAUUCCAAAAAUGUCUGCUGUCAUUUUUCCGAAUCAAAUUAUCCUCCAUUGUUUCACCAACUUCAUUCUUCUGAAUUAAGCUGUUUCGCAAAACAGUUUGAGCCUAAAAUGUUUUUUUUAAUAAGAAGUAAAUGUCUAUAUAGUUUUUUUUAAUAUUAAUUGAUUUUAAUUAGUCAAGCUGUUUAGUGAAAUAUCUUUAUCGACUUAAAAUAGAUAAAUUUUAUUUUUUGUCCUUAUAAAAUUAAAUACCUUUUGCGCCCCUUUGUUACUUGUAAAGAUUGGAUUAUUUCCAAAAAAAAAUGAGAUGAUUUCUCAUUUUAUGAAAUUGAUCGAUAAAAAUAUUUAAAUAUUUUACAAAAAUGGGUUGAAUCCCUGUUCUAUUUCUUUUUUCUUCAAUAGGUUGUUCUUCCAUUUAAAAAAAAAAUACAUGAGAUGGGUUCUUACUUCCUUAUGGAUACAGAAAAGAAUUUAUUUAACUUGAACUAAUCUCCCUCAUUGAUGUAUUAUCUCAUUGGCAUUCAAAUGGAUGAUGGAGGAAAAUGCCAAUUCAAUUUUAUGGGUAUUUUUUGUUUAAUGAAUACAAAAUUUAAUUAAUUUAAUUUUAUCAAUCUUAUUGGUGCCAACAAUUUGAAUGACUGAAAUUUGGAAACUAAAUUAUUUUUUUUUUGUUUUUUUUAAAGAAAGGAAUCAGAGGAUAUAUUAAUUAAAUUAAAAUCAGUACUUUUUUUUUUAUAAAAAAUUGGAUUAAUUCAGUCUAUCAAUUUUUUUUAUAUAACAUAUAUAGAAGUCAUCAAGCUAUCAUUUUUUUAUGAAGGUGAGUUUCAAACCUAAGAUCAUGACAAUAAUUUCUAAAGCCUUUAAUAGCUAAGCUAGUCGAUUUCUUCUCUCUGAGUUUCACCAAUCAUGUUGACCCAUUAAAAUCAAUUAUUUCUGCCUUUUCAAAUUAAAAAUCAAAUCUACUUUUAAUGUUAAAUGAACAUUUGUCUCUUAUUUCGGAAAAUGAUUUCCCAAAUUUUUCUUGCAAUCAUGUAAUUUGUUUCACCUAACAACAUGAUUCAAAGGAAUCAACUAUGAAUCAUGUUGUUUUCACAAUGGAGGGUUGUUUGUCUAGAAAAGUGGAAAGGACCUAAAUUGGGCAUUUUUAAAUAUAGGGGCCUAAUUUGGAUAUUUCAAAAUAUCAAGGGCCCUAUUCGAGCAAUUGCUCCUAGAUCAAUAAGAACUAGGUAAUUCUAAAAUCUUUAGAUUUUGUAGAUGAUAUUAGCACUCUGUCUUAAAUAACUUCUGGGGCAAUAAUGAAAAUGUUUACCUACUUCUUUAAAUUAUAUUCUUCUUCUGUUUAAUAUUACUGCUUUAAUUUGAAUUCUAUCCUUAUUUUAUUCUGACAGUGCUUUUCUAGGAUCUGACCUUGUGUUUCCAUUAAAUUCAAUACUAUAUUUCUUCAGUUGUUUGUUUUAGUUCAUGUGCAAUGAGUUCACCAAGGGAUGAAAUGAUAAUUAUUGUCUUUAGUUUAUAUAGCUUUAUUAAAAUGCAACUUUUGGGGGCAUCUCAAUAUCAUUUUUUUCCCUGAAAUAUCUAGGUGGUUGUAGUCUGUUUUAUGGUUUUCUUUUGGGAUUAUAGUGAUAAUUUAACAUAUUUAAAGCAUGAAAAAUAUCAUUUUGCAAAUACUUACCAACUUUAUGAGCUAUGCCCAAAAAGUGUAAUUAGAAUGGCUUAGUGAAGAUUUUUUGUGUUGGAAUGAUCAAUAUACGGUUCAGUGAAGAUUUUAGGAAAAAUUUCACCCCUUUAUCGUUGUGAUUCUGCUAAUUAUUUUUGUUGCAUUACAGUGUAGUGUACUUACAAAACCAGUAUGGUUUUGAAAGCAAAGUUCUCUAAAAUGUGUUUUUUUUUACUUUUUUUUUCAGAUUUCAGUUCUACUAUAUAUCUUCCCAUGUUAUUUUAUUUUAUUGUUUUUAUAUUAUCUUAAUUUUUCUUCCAUAUCAAUGUUAUAUCCAUAUACUUUAUUUGUUCUUGUGAGUAAUUGUCGUUGUUGCAUCUUUCCAUCUUGAAUUCCAUAUUAGCUGUCCAUACUUCUUUCAUGCUUGGCAAUUCAAAUUUACUACUUCUGUUUCUUGCAUUUUCACAAAUUUCUGUUGGCCCUGUAACAUUUUUGGGGUGCGUAUAGCCUAGACUAUUCCUAAAUAAAUCAGAAGACAGAAGGGGAGUAAUAGGCAUCAUAUUUCUGUGUUGUUGAUAUUUUCAAGGGUUAUAAUUAUGUGAAGUGUUACUUCUUAAAUAAUCAAUGCCUUUUUCUUUUAUAUGUGAUAAUAGUUAGUGAUGCCCUUUCUGUGUUAUUUUGGUAUAAGCACUGCUUGUAGUUGAGAGAUUGUCAGAUUGAUGCAAAUAUACAGACUUAUAAUGCUAUGCAUGUAAAUUAACAGCUUGUGGGUGUUGGCAAUUGUGCCAUUUUACUCCACUGGUAUAUCUGCAAAUGAACACAUAAUUCUUUUUAUUGGUCUUAUAUUUUUUUUGGUUGUGGCAAUUGUGCCAUCUUACUCCAUUGGUAUUUGCAAACAGGUCCAUAAUACUUUCUAUAUGUCUUAUAUUGUUUUUGGGGGCUUUGACAACUUCUGAGCAUAAACAGCUAUUAAAAAUUAGGUUAAAAAUUUAAGCUAUGUUAGUAUGUUGCUAUUCUCUUUAGUCCUUUCUUCUAGUUCCCACAAAUAUAUAGGAAAUGGCCUACGAGGAAAUCCAGCCUCUUGUUUGUGACAAUGGGACUGGAAUGGUCAAGGCUGGAUUUGCUGGUGAUGAUGCACCUAGAGCAGUCUUCCCAAGUAUUGUUGGCCGACCUCGCCUGGUUGCCACGGGCCAAAAGGAUACUUAUGUUGGUGAUGAAGCGCAUUCGAAUAGAGGUGUUCUUACAUUGAAGUAUCCUAUUGAGCAUGGAAUUGUCAGCAACUGGGACGAUAUGGAGAAGAUCUGGCACCAUACAUUCUAUAAUGAGCUUCGUGUUGCUCCUGAGGAGCAUCCUAUAUUUCUAACGGAAGCCCCUCUUAAUCCAAAGGCAAACAGAGAAAAGAUGACUCAGAUUUUGUUUGAAACUUUUAACGUACCUGCUAUGUAUGUUGCCAUUCCGGCCGUUCUUUCACUCUAUGCCAGUGGUCGUACAACUGGUAUUGUGCUCGAUUCUGGUGAUGGUGUGAGCCAUAUUGUGCCCGUCUGUGAAGGACAUGCUCUACCUCAUGCUCUUCUUCGAUUGGAUCUUGCCGGUCGUGAUCUUACAGAUUGCCUGAUGAAGAUCCUUACCCAGAGAGGUUAUUCAUUCACCACCACUGCUGAGCGAGAAAUUGUAAGGGACAUCAAGGAGAAGCUUGCCUAUGUUGCUCUUGAUUAUGAGCAGGAGCUGGAGACUGCCAAGACCAGUUCCGCUGUGGACAAAAGCUAUGAACUUCCUGAUGGGAAGGUUAUCACCAUCGGUGCUGAGAGAUUCAGAUGCCCAGAGGUCCUCUUCCAGCCAGCCUUAAUCGGCAUGGAAGCUGCUGGUAUUCAUGAGACAACGCACAACUCCAUCAUGAAGUGUGAUGUGGAUAUCAGGAAAGAUCUGUAUGGAAAUAUCGUGCUCAGCGGUGGAUCCACUAUGUUCCCUGGUAUUGCCGAUCGUAUGAGUAAGGAGAUCACUGCACUCGCACCAAGCAGCAUGAAGAUUAAGGUGGUUGCUCCGCCUGGGCGAAAAAACAGUGUUUGGAUCGGCGGUUCCAUCAUUGCAUCCCUUAGCACUUUCGAGCAGAUGUGGAUUGCCAAGAAAGAGUACGAAGAAUCUGGUCCAGCUAUUGUCCACCGGAAGUGCUUCUAAGCUCCAUUACCUCGCUUCACCGGAGUUUGCCAAGGACUAUCUAAUACGUGGUUUUUUUUUUAAAUUUUAAUGCCUUGGUUUGGGGCCUUAUGGAAUAUUCUAAUCCUUAGGAAUAUAAAAUCAGAUUCAUGCAA